AUGAAAGUAUGUAGCAUUAUAAAAAUAAGAUGGUAUGCGACAAAGGACGUUCCUACCGCGAAAAAUCCGAAAUUCUUCGAUAUGGUAGAAUACUUUUUCCAUAAAUCUUGCAUCGCCUGCGAGGAGAAACUAGUGCAGGAUUUGACUUGCAAAAAACGAUCGAAUCUUGAGGAUAAUAGGGCGUUGGUGCGAGGUAUCCUGCAAAUGCUGGAGGAUUGUAGUCAUAUGAUGUCUGUUAGCUUUCCGAUUAAACGAGAUUCCGGCAUGUAUGAGAUGAUUAAAGGAUAUCGGGCGCAGCAUAGUGCUCAUCGGCUACCUUGCAAAGGCGGUUCCCCCGAAAUUGCCUUGAUGCACAAUCACUAA